AGCAAACACUGCUAUUGAAACUGACCAUUGACUUAGCGACAGAGGUUUUCCUCCAGAAACCAGUACUGCUUCCUUUGAUUUUCUGGUCCCAGGAGCAUUCCCUGCCUUGUUUUGCAUGUGCUGAAGGCACUUUUGUUGAAAUAAACCUCCACUGGAAACAAGAGUGAUUCAAGAAAUACUUGGAAUAUAUUCAGCAAAUCUUUUAGCCACAAAGCUCUUCUUUACAAUACAUCUGCUUGGUUGAGAAUGGGCGACAGCCACAUAAGGAUCCAGAUCAACAGACACGACGAUGGCUACGAUAUCGACGACGACAACGACGACUCCUCCGAUAUGAGAGUUCCUAUCUCUAGCGCUGCUACUCCAGACACUGAUUCAAAUGAUCAGUUAAUGAGUCCGAAAAACAACCCCAGUACCCCUGGAAACAACAACAGCAAUUCAGAACUUAACAGUGAUCAGUUUUCCAUAUCAAGAAGCAGCAUCCUAAGUGGUGGCAUAGAUCAUGAACAGUCAGAGGAUUUUAAUGAUGACUUUAACGAUCAGAAUUCUUUUGUUUCAACUUCUUUUAGACCAAGUUUUGAAACAAAUGCAACGCUAUCCAACUACUUGAAUAGCUCAAAUAAUUAUAAUUACAACAAUUUGAACUUGAGUUUAAAUAAUAACAUAACUUCAACUUCGGUUUCUCCUUUGGGUCCAAACUCAAUAUAUGAACUAAUAUCGGGUUCUGAUUUGAAAAGAAGAAAAAACAAAAUGGCUCUUUUUAUUUUGAAUAAUAACUUCAGAAUAUCUCUAGGUCCUCCAACAAAGAUUGAUAUUCCCACAAUAAAAUUGACAAACUCUACCGCCUAUGAAAAAGUGGAUGAUGAUCAAUUUACUGACUAUCUAAAUACAAUUCAAAAGGAAUUCAACAAAUUUGAAAACAACAGAAAGUUAACUCAAUCAACUCUACAAACAUUAUCUUCUUUAAACAAUUCAUAUAAUCAAAACCAAAAUGAUAUUAAAACUGGCACAAUAAAUCACACAAACACUAGCAGUAUUAUUGCUGAUAACAUCAGUCUCAUUAAAAAAAAUGUAAACUUUAAUGAUUUAAAUUCAAUUAUUGAAAAUAAAAAUGAUCUAGCCAAUGUUCCUUUAAUUUUUUUUCAACCGGAUUUUAGAUUGGAUAAUCCAAGAACUUUUAAUAAAGUGAUUGAAAACUCACAAAUUUUAUCAUCUCAGCAAUCUUCUUCCAUUCAAUUAUCAACUAAAAAAUAUCUAGCUAAUAAUUCUUUGUUGCAAGAAAAAUUGUCUUGGUAUCUAGAUAUAAUAGAAAUCCAUUUGAUUAAUGAAAUCUCAAAUUCCUCUGACUCGUUUUUUAAUACGUUGGAUGAACUAUCUUUAAUUAAUUCAAAAUCAAAAAACUCAAUUGAAAUCCUGCAAAAGAUAGAAGAUAAUUUAAACGAUAUUAAAAAAAAACAACUAGUACCGGGAAAAUCCCUUUUGAAUUUAAUUCAAAAAAGAAAAAAUAUUCAAAAACUCGAACAAUCUCUUUUGCAAAUACAACUAAUUUUAAAUUUAAAAAAAAUUGCUGAUUUUUAUUUCUAUAAUUCGAGUUAUAUUGAAAGUUUAUAUCAAAUUGAAACCAUACAAAGCCUAAUACUCGGAAAUAUAGAAGCGAUCAAAUCAAAUCAAGAAAAUAAAAAAAAAAAUAAAAUAAUAAACAAUAUUUAUAAAUGGCCCUAUGAGUUACUAAAUCUAGACCAGCUACCCGCGUUGAACAAUCUUAAAGCUGAUUUAAGUACUUUAAAGAAAAAAAUCGGAACUUCAUACAUUAACUUAUUUUUGGAUUUUUUGAUAACUGAUUUAAGAAAUCAUUAUGAAAACAUGUCUUACAAAGACACUUUGAUUAGAAUUUUAUCUAAUUUUUCAAAAGAACUUUCAAUGAUGAAAAGACAUUCAAGGUCAUCUAGUUUAAAUAAAAUCAACUUGAUUAAUGAGAAAAAGAAAAUAAAUAGAUCAUAUUUAAUUUUAGAUCAAGAUUUCCGUCAACUAUUAAAAGAAUACAUACUAGGUCUAAUAAAGUGCAAUAGAAUUUUGAUAGCUUUUCAAAAUUAUGAAGAGAGACUUAUAAUUGAAUUUAAAAAUAUAAUAAAAUUUCAUCUACCCACAUCAACCAACUCAAAUGCAAUAGUAUCUGAAACAAACUCCGUUUCUUCAAGAGGAAGUGAUUCAAAAAUGUCUUCAUCGACUUCACUUUCAAAUUUUAGUAAUAGAAAUAGAAGUCUUAGUCAAUUAAAUCUUAGCCAGUUAAAUAAUCUUAGUCAGUUAAGUCUAAUGCAAAACCAACAACAAAGUGGUAAUCAGAUAUUAAUAGAUUAUAUUAGAACAAUGACUCCUAAAGAUUUUGAAGUUGUAUUAUUCAAAAUUUAUGCAGAUUUAUCGGAAGCGCUAAGGAGAUUGACUACACAUCAAAAAAUUUUAUUAGAUACAGCUUUGGAUUCAAUAGUUGUGCCAGAAUCACAGCAGCAGGAUUUUGGUGAUCUUAUAAUGAAGCUUGAUAUUUCAAAAACAAUAGAGCACUGUGUACUAACUGUUCAAAAAAGAAUGGCAAAAAUUAUAACUAUAAGACAAGAUUUAAAUAUACAAACAUCAGUUGAAUUUUUUAUCAGAUUUUAUCUUUUGAACUAUUACUUUUUAGUUGAGUGUGAAAAUAUAAACAUAUCGGGUUCAAUGAAACAAAAUUAUUUAAAAAAUUGUAUUGAAAAACACGUAAAGCACUAUGGAAUGCUUUAUCACAAAAAUUCUAUUCGAAAAAUUGCGAUUAAGAUUGACAAAGAAACCUGGAAAGAAUAUAGAGUUGAUAGUGAGAAUCAUAAAUUACUAGAGGAAAUAAUGCAGUCAGCCGAUUCUGAACCUCAAAACUGGUCAAGAUUACUGGACUUAGAAAAAGAAUUUAUUAUUGAUGAAGACACAAAAACAGAAGAAGAAACAACUUUAGUCUCGCCAAACCAUGAACCAAUAAAUGAUGUUGAUGAAAUAAUAGAAGAGAUUCCAUUAUCAAAGCAAAAUGGUGACUUAGAAAAUUCAAAUUUAGUUGAAGAAGAAACUAAUGAAAUUAAUAAAGGCACUGAUAACAAAAAAAUAGAUGAAGAAAUAGAUGGCAAAGAAAUUGAAAACAAAAUAAAUAAAAAGGCAGAAGAUGUCAAUUCAGAUUUGCAAAAGGAAACUACUGCUGACCUGAGCGAUGAUAAUCAAUAUCCAGAUUUACUAAAAAUAGAUGAUAAGAGCUUCAUAAUACCGGUUUUUAUAAUUGAUACUCUCGAGCUAAUAAAGGAUUAUAUGCUUUUAAUUGGUAAAUUUCCUGAGUUUCAGGUUAGUUACGAAUCUAAUAUACUUGAUUUAAUAAAGAUGAUAAAUACUAAAUCAAACCAAGCAGUUCUUGGAGCCGGAGCUACACGAACAUCAUCAUUGAAGCACAUUACUGUUAAACAUUUGGCAAUCUGUUCUCAAUCACUAGAUUUUUUAAUCAGCUUAUUACCAUAUAUAAACAAGUUUUUUUUAAGAUGCAAUAAUAGUUUACCAAGCCAAAAUAGCAUGAACAAAAAGUAUGACUUGAAUGGAAAUUCGGUCAAUGGUGCACAAACUGAUGAAAAAUCAAAUAUUGAAAAUGAAGUGGAUAAAACCAGAGAACUUCUUCAAAGUCAUCAAAAUGAAAUUUUCACUAAAUUGAUUUCUAUAAUGAAUGAUAGAGUCAUUGCAAGAGUGAAUGAAAUCAAACAAGUGGAUUGGUCUCAGUUGUUACCUUCGAGUAGUCCAUGUCAUAGGUAUAUGGAGUUGCUAGUAAAGGAUAUAACUACAAUAAGUCGUGUUUUAUGUAAGAACCUUCCUGAAUUACAAUAUUCAUUUAUAUUAUCUCAGAUAUUUGACAAUUAUAAGAGAAAAGUGCUCGAGGAAUACACAAGGGUGGAAUUCAAUGAUGAAAUCGAAAAAAGUAUUAUGAUGAAGGAUAUCGAUUAUUUUAGAGUGAGGUGCUCGGAUCUACCAGGAUAUAGCAAUUCUGGACAGGUUAUAUGGGAAACAGUCAAUUCGAUGAAAACAAAAGAAGACAAGCUAAUGGAGGAAAAGAUGAAGCAAAACCAAAUAGAAUAGAAUAAUAAUUUAAAAAUUGAAGUCAAUUUGACUAUUUUGAAUUGUUUAUAAUUUUUUUUUUUUUUUCAAUUCGUAUCUUUAUAAUUUGGUUUUAAUUACAUGCUAUUUCGGUG